AUGGCUGCUCCGGUGGUGGUGAGACGCUCCGGCCCGGCGCUCUGCCCGAGCUUCGCGGAGGUCUGUUCGUUCUUGGACCGAUAUGGAGCGGCGCUGGAUCUACCCGAGAUGACUUUCCCGCAGAUGGAGAGGUAUCUGCGGGACACGACGACAGUACCUAAACCCCUUGUGGAGCUCCACGUGAAGCUGCUCAGAAAACUGGGGAGGUCUGUGUCUACUGACCGCUGGGAAAAAUACCUGGCUAAGGUUUGCCAGGAGUUGAACAACACCUGGGCAUGGGAGCUGGAACAGAAGGGCUACCAGGAGAUGUCCAUGGAGUGCAAGUCAAGCAUCCUCAAAUAUCUCUGCGAGUGUCAGUUUGAUGACAAUCUGAAGUUCAAGAUGGCGAUCAAUGAGGAGGACCCAGAGAAGAUGCGUCUGCAGCCUGUAGGUCGGGACCGGUAUGGUCUGAUGUACUGGCUUCAGCUGGACCAGGAGCAGAACAUCCGGCUGUACACGGAGGAGCAGGACGAUCUGGACGGAUCCACCUGGAACUGUAUCGUCAGGACUCGUAACGACCUGGCGGAGGCUCUGGAGCUGUUGAAGGCUCAGAUUGAUCAAAACCAGAAUCAGGACAAGGACCAGAACCAGAACCAGAACCAGAACCAGAACCAGAACCAGAACCAGAACCAGAACCAGGCUGGAUCCAGGAGCGCCAGCCCCACAGAGAAAGAUGCAGGGGACGAGCCCAUAGGAAGCACCAGCUCCAAACCCAAGACCACAGAGGAACAUGCUAUGAAGGUUGACCCUGUACAGGAAGACAAACCCCUAAGACAAGUGAUAAAGCAGGAGCAGACAUCGACCAUCAAGCUGGAAAACACUGAGGCUGAGGUAAAGGAAGACAAGGCUGACCACAAGCCACCUGUGUUCGAUAACCGCGUGAGCACCAUCACCACCAUCGUCAAAUCAGAAUCCAGGGACGCCGACGCCCCCAAAAAUGCUGUGUCGGUCGUCAUGGCACCAGGUGCGACUGUGACAAAACAGGAAAUGAACAAGGAGGAGGAAGCAGGGCGGGCAGUCGUCAGGAGCAACCAGCAGGCCAAGAUACCACUGAAGAAGAGGGAGCUUAAGCUUGCUGAGAGUUACCACAGCAACCACCUUAACAACAACAACAACAGCAGCAGUAGUAUUAUUGUCUGUAACCCUUCAGUGAUCCAGAGCAAGGACAGCCAUGGAAGAGAAGGGAAGUUACCUAACUCAUUACCGCCCCCUGGCAGUCCAGCCGUCUCACAGCAGCAGCAGCUAGUGGUCACUGCAUCAAGACAAGAACUGACCAAUGGGAGGGCAUCUCUCCUCCUGCCUCACAAAGAGGGACAAAAUGGAGUUAUAGGGGUCAUUGGUCAAGUCGGUGUUAUAGGUCAUGUAGGGGUCAUCCGCAGCCCAUCUGAGCGUCACAGAGCCCCAUGUGCUGAGCAGCAGGAACAAAACGGACCAAAUAUUGACCACUGGGGCUCCAGAGCUGUGGAGGAAGAGAGGGAGGUGAGCCGGCAGUCAGUGCUGGUGAGGAAGGGACCUUCCGAAGGGGAGAUGGCAGCAGCAGCCACUGCUCUUCCUCCUCAUGCAGCGAAGCUACCAUUGUCAUCAUCAAAACCUGAUCAACCCCCUGAAGCUGCAGAGAGAAAAGUGGACUCUGUUAGCAUUUCUUCACUGUCUCAGUCCACAGAGGAACCCAAGAGACUGACGACGGAAGACCAGGGUAAAAGAACAACGGAAGAGCGGUUAGACAAGGAGACAAAAACCGGACACAGCAGUCGUCAACAGAAGGAUGACGACGUGGACGGGAGGGAGGACAAGAGAAGAGAAGUGUCUGAGCGCCCUGUGGUAGAUGAAGGAAGUAAAGAUGAACAUGAAAAGAAUAAAAGCACUUUAGGGAAAGUGGGGACAGAAUCAGGGGGCUCUGUUCAACCUCUAAAAGUAGAACAGAAAGAUGAAAAGGACCACCAGGACCACCUGGGAGAUGGGGUCAAUGGUGGCCUGACAGCCCAGGUUAGGGUGAAGGACAAUGGGCAUGGAUCAGAGGAGAGGCAGGGUCCCCUGGAGGAAGCCUCCUCUGAGCUCCAGAAAGAAGGAAUCAGGCUGAAGAUAAAGAUUCCUCCCCACAGGAGAAACAAGUUGAGGGGGAAAGGGGGAAAAGAGGAGGGGAAAGAGAGGGAGCAGGAGGUACAAGAGGAGGGGAGGCCGUUGAGGAGAUCUGCAAGGAUUUGCAGAUCAUCUGCUUUGCCAACCUGCAGGCCGAGCUCGAAGGCAGCUGAGAGCCAGAGGAAGAAACCACAAAGAAAACAAGUGCUGCCUACCAGAACGAGGGAAGAAGAGGAAGAGGAGGACGAAGAAGAGGAAGAAGAUGAAGAGGAACAAAGUUCACCAACAAAGAAAGACAGAAAAGCAGAACCUGUCGGGCAAAUUAGGAAACGAAGGGGUAAACGGAGGCAUCGACGCCCCCGAUGGUCCAACAUUCGUUCGAAGAGACGUAAACUGGGUGAAGGAGGGGAGGUGGAGGACAGAGGGAGGAAACAAGGAGAGGAGGAGAGCGAAGGAGGGAGCGACUCAGAAGAAUCAUGUAAAUCAGAGGAGAUUCCCAGUGAAGAUGCCUGCACUCACUGUGGCCUGCCCAACCACCCUGAACUGAUUCUGCUGUGCGACUCCUGUGACAGUGGAUACCACACUGCCUGUCUGCGGCCGCCGCUCAUGUUGAUUCCAGAUGGAGAGUGGUUCUGUCCACCCUGCCAACAUAAGCUGUUGUGUGAGAAACUGGAGGAGCAGCUGCAGAAUCUGGACAGUGCUCUGAAGAAAAGAGAGAGAGCAGAGAGGAGGAGGGAGCGGCUGGUGUAUGUGGGAAUCAGUGUGGAGAACAUCAUACCUGAGGGAGAUGAGGAGGAAGAGGAGAAGUCCCCAAAGAAGAAAGAUUCCAAAAAGAGUAAAAAUCUGGGAAGGAGAUCAACCAGAACCAGGAAACACAUCAGCUACAGAUUUGAUGACUUUGACGAUGCCAUUGAUGAAGCCAUAGAGGAGGACAUCCGAGACCUCUGUGGUGGAACAGCACGAGGCAAAGACAUCACUGCCAUCCUGUCAGAGGACGGCAAGGAGAGCCAGCGGCCAAUCAGAAGUCAAGCUCAUGCUGCCAGAAACAGGAAGAAGCGGAGACUGAAUGACCUGGAGAGUGACAGCACAGCAGCAGAGAGUGAAGAUGAGUUCAUGCUCAGCAACAGCUCAGAGGAUGAAGAUUUUGGUGCAUCAGGGGCAGAUGAUGAUGAAGAAGAAGAUGAAGAUGCUGGCAGCGAGGUGGGCAGCUGGGACAGCGGGACCCGCCCCAGACGAGCAAUGAGAGGGGUGCCUAAACACAGACCCAGCAAGACCCAACGCAGGGGCAGGAAACGGCUGAGACGGUGGCGGAGACGCUCCUCAGAGGAAGAGGAGGAGGAAAGCGAUGAAGAAAUGGAUUCGGAUCAGUUCAGUGACAUGACUGACAGUGACGCUGACAAAAAGAGGCGGGGUCUGAGGCGGGGCCAGCACCAGCAGGUCAACUACCGUGAGACGUCCGAGUCGUCAGACAACUCCCGGACCUCCGCCGUCAAGACCAAGGUCAAACCCAGAGGCAGACCACGCAAGGAGCAUCUCUCCAGCGACUACAGCGAUGUGUUGCCUUCUUCCAGAGACUCGGAGGAGGAGGAUGAUUAUGAAGAUGAAGAGGAGGACGACCAGCGAAGGAGAGUGAACAGGAGGAGAAGAGAGGAGGAAGACCUCCAAAGAAAGAGGAUGAGAGAAAAGCGGAGGAGAUACGAAGACGAGGAGGACGAGGAGGACGACAGAGAGAGGGGGAGGCGGCUGAAAAGGAGACUGUUGGAGAAGGAGGACGACAGAGACAAGCAGAGGAGGUUAAAGAGGACAGACAGAGACGAGGAGGACCUGGAGAAGAUGGGCAGAGGGAAGAGGAGAGAGAUUCUGUCACAGCAGCGGCGCAAACGGCUCGCUCAGAUGCUGAAGAAGCGGCGGCCUUCGACGGACGACGAGGAUGAGGAUGAGUCAGAGGAAACCGAGUCGUCAUCGGAAGAGGAUCGUCCAAUCCGCAAAAGACUCAACCGCAUCGACUCUGAUGAUGAUGACGACGACGGCGACGAUGAUGAUGAUGAAGAGGAAGACGAGGAGGAAGAGGGGGGAAGACAGAGGAUGACGACCAAAAAGUCUUCAGUGGUAGAGAGGAGAGCCGACAGCGACGCUCAGGAAAAGGGAAGGGGCCGCAGCCUGUCUCCGUCAAACAGACAUCGGACCUCCAGAGGCCCAGCGAAGUCUGGGGCUGGAAGUCCCACUGCGCCCAGGGACAGUGCAGGAUCAGGCAGGCAAGGCAGGCACAAUGGCCCCUUCCAUCCAGAAGGGGGGGAAGAUGAGGAGGAGGAGGAGGAGGAGGAGGAGGAGGAAGUCCGCAGUCAUGAUGGCUGUGUUUGUGUGAAUAACGCUUGA